AUGCCUCCUAAAAGAGCUUGUGAUCUUUGUAUCACCCGCAAAGUCAAGUGCAAUGGCUCUUGGCCCUGUGACACCUGUCGUGAUGCCGUCAAGCGCGUCUCCUGUACCUACAUGACGCCGCCUCGGAAGAGAGGUCCCAAAGUUCGACGAGCGGCCCAGCAGAGCCACGGUCUGGAAGCACAGGUAGUAGAUCUGAAUAUACCAGGCGAUCAGCAAGGAUUGCCGGAGAUCUAUACAGCAGCCUAUCAUGACGAACUGCCCGGUUUGCCAUUAACUGAUCCUGGCGGACCAAGGUGUAUAUCAAAAGCGGUGCUGACCCCAAUAGUCCGUCUUUACCAGCAGUACUCAUAUAGUGUUUGGCCUGUUGUCAAUGCAGAUGCUCUACUUCAAAGGUUAGAAGAUGUUGAUCUGGAGAACACAACACAUGAGGCCGAGAAUAUCGCUUGUUCUGCGACGGCGCUCUGCGCGGCGACGAUGGCUCAGUUGCAUCUGGCGCCGGUAGUGGAUGGAGCGUUCACGACUGAUAGCACCACCAUGGCAAAAGCCUGCUUGCGUAUAAGAGGGCUUUGUGACAAACACAGGGAACAUCUUGAUGUUAGCAGCCUGCUGGUGUCCUUCUUUUUGCAUGUUUAUCAUGCCAAGGUCAACCAGCGGACUUCGGCAAUGAUGUACAUCCAAGAGGCUAUUUCCGGUGCUCGCAUACUACGAUUGGAUAAACCAAUAGAGCUAGAUCUUGAGUAUGGGGCUGACGAUUUGAUUGCAAAUAAGAGUUUGAUGUUUCCGUUGCUCUGGGUCUCGGAGAGCUCGCUUGCUGAUGCGUCUAAAAGAGGUUAUGCAAUGCACUUGGGGUUGGCACCAUCAUAUGUGGAUCCGCCUCCAUUGAAAGCUCUUAGGAAUGCUCCUGGAAUUGACGCCCAUGUGCAAGGUCUUUUAGAGCUCGUCAAGCUAUUCGUUGCUUUCGAUCAGAUAUCCAUCCGUCGUAAAUCUCAGGGUGAACUUGAGCCGAUCACAUAUUUGACCGAUACCGAGACCAAGCUGUCCACGCUGUGUUUUAAGCUCGCGAAUCAAGUUUCGACAAGAAGUGCUGAUUGUCACAUCACCCGAGAAUGGAUGAGAACAAUUCUUUGGCAAGAGGCACUAUCAUUGGGUCUGCUGUCCUCAUCAUCCAGCACGGCUGUGAUGACCUUUUCUUUUCCGGCACAGGUCAGUCGUGAUCUGCUUCACUCGUUAAGAUACUUCUCGGAUACCGAUCUAUUGCCGCUAGGGCGAGACCAGUUGUUGAAAUGCUUUGAAGUUGCGAAUUCUUUAGCAGACACCGUUCUUCUUACUUUGGCUGGAUCGCAUCCAGGAAUUGAACUGGGUCCACAGGACUUCUUGCAUGCUCUUUAUCAGAAACUUCUGCCAUUCCUAGAGCAGGAUACCAUUCUCAAGUCGAUUCUUCGUGGUAAGACGGCUGAGGUUCUUGUUAUGGCACCUGCCCGGCUACUGAGGCCAGUUGAUGAAAAUCAAAAUGGAACACAAGCACUGCAACUGCAAUUGACUGGAAACUUGGCAAUGCAUGAUAGCUAG